AUGCAGUUGUUUCCUUCGGCUCUUCAAUUUUCCGAACAGUUGUUUCCUUCGGCUCUUCAAUUUUCCGAACGGCGAUUUUACACAUGCAGCCACCCUUCCCAUGCUCAGGUAGUUGGAACCGCUUGUUCUGGAUCUGGCGCGCCAUGCCACGCUUUGGCACAGCUGGUUGGGGAUGCAAACUACAAGGAGCUGUUCGCCAGUGAGAUCCAUGCAGGGGCGAGGACCUUCCUGUUGGAGAACUACAACAUCGAGCACCUGUAUCACAACAUGCUCUCGGCUAGGAAGCUAAGACUGGCGGAGCUUGUGCAGUACACCGUGAAGAAUGCCCUCCAGUGCAUGAAUUUCACCAGGAUUGCAAUCCUGGAGAAUGUCAUGGGCAUGACCAAACGAGCGGCGAAAACGUCGUCCUCAGCGGGAUUUAAG